CGGACUGAACCGGUAGCGCGCCGUGCUUUGCCAAGCCUUUUUUUUUUUCCUCACUUGUUUUUCUUUUUUCAAUAGAAUCUAUUCACUUUAGAAAUCCUGCAAGAAUUUUCUUGGAUUUUUUUUUCUAUUUCUAUAUUUUCUGUAUUUAUUGAUUUUUUUUUUCCAUACUUCAACCUCUACUUCGGAGAAAGAGGCUGUUGAACUUUUCUGUCCUCUUCUUCUUCGGUGCUUGGGAAUGGCACCCCUCGAGCCGUUGCUGUGAGAGUACCUCCUGUGUUUUGGUUCCGGUAUUACACUUUUCCCCCACUCAUAUGAGCACCCACCCCCCACCACCCACUCACCCAGCGAGUAAUUUUUUUGCUCUUUAGUUUUCUGCAAUUACUUGAUCGCUUGUUGCGGUGGUUCUGACCCACAUCAGUCGCUGAACAAUUGGAGCCUUUUUGGGUUUCUUUAUACACGGAGGGCUGAGUUUAUGAUGAGAGAGAGAAAUGGAUGAGUUCCAUCCCUUCAUCGAGGCCCUGCUGCCCCACGUCCGUGCCUUCGCCUACACCUGGUUCAACCUGCAGGCCCGCAAGCGCAAGUACUUCAAGAAGCACGAGAAGCGCAUGUCCAAGGAGGAAGAGCGUGCGGUCAAGGACGAGCUGCUGGGCGAGAAGCCCGAGAUCAAGCAGAAGUGGGCGUCGCGCCUGCUGGCCAAGCUGCGCAAGGACAUCCGGCCCGAGUUCCGCGAGGACUUUGUGCUCACCAUCACGGGCAAGAAGGCCCCGUGCUGCGUGCUGUCCAACCCCGACCAGAAGGGCAAGAUCCGGCGUAUCGACUGCCUGCGGCAGGCAGACAAGGUGUGGCGGCUGGACCUGGUGAUGGUGAUCCUGUUCAAGGGCAGCCCUCUGGAGAGCACGGACGGAGAACGGCUGGUCAAGUCGCCCCAGUGCUCCAACCACGGCCUGUGCGUCCAGCCCCAUCACAUCGGGGUGUCGGUGAAGGAGCUGGACCUCUACCUGGCCUACUUCGUCCACACGCCAGGUACGUGGCCCUACCACCUCCUAUUGAGGGAUAGCAGCUGUGUCAUGUGCGGGGGGGGGGAUGUGCGCACGAGAGUAGCAUGUGUGACGUGUGUGUGUGACGUGUGUGUGUUCCUGACAUUUUCAUGCACACACGCACAAACAUACACAUACACAUACAGGCACACGCAGACACACGCAUACACACACACAAACAUAUGUCAACGUAGGACAUAGAAACCUUGGUACACACACGCACACACACACACACAUAUAUGUCGACAUAAGACAUAUAAACCUGGGUACAAACAUGCACACGCAUGCAUACACAAAUAGCCACAUAUUUAUUCAUCAGAUGGUAGCACUUUAUUUAAACCACUUGUUUAUUAAACCCGUCAAAGACAUUUGGAACAACAAAAAAGAACAAGACAUAAAUAUUUUUUUUAUACAUUUUAUUAUGUUUUCAAUUUAUAUAAUUGACUUAUUAAUUGAUUAAUGAAUUAAUGAAUUAUGAAGUGAUGUUAAACAUAGUAGAUUAUAUAAAAUGUACAUUGCUUUUUAAUUAAUAUUUAAUUAUUUUCUCACAUCUUCAAAAGCAGAUAUGAAGUAAAUACGUAUAUUAAGAAGACAUUUGGCUGAUGCUCUGGCUUGUAUUUGUGCGUCACAUUAUUACACUGCAUACGCACAUACACUUUUAAGAACAGAUAUUGUCUCUGUGUUGCACGCUGUAAGAAUGUGUUCCUAUGGCAUAGAAUUUCUUUUUAAACCUUGUUGUAGCUUUAUGGCUUUUUAAAGCAACUAUUUAGUGCUGAGAGGUUGGCUUGGUCAUAAGUGGUGUGUGUAUGUGUAUGUGUGUGUGUUUGUGUUCAACCCUAAAGUCAAACGCAUGCAUAGUCAUACAAUCCUGUACUCUCAUAGUUAGCAUUUCAGUCAUGGUCACAUUCAAAAAGGGGUUAAAUAUACUUAUAUUCAACUAAAUAACCACCAACAAACAAGGCAUGAGCACAACACAAAAAGUCUGUCAUGUACUUUUAGCCAAAGAGCGUUUGGUGUGCUGCGGACACUCAGACAGCCAACAGCCACAGUGCAUGCUCUCGGCCAAACAUUAUCAUAGAUACAGUUGGAUUCAGCCAAACAUCACGGAUACACACAUACGUGAUCCCCCACACACACACUCACGCAUACACACGGCCAGCCGCUGCUGCAGUUCAGCGAAGUGUGUGUACUGUCGCUGGACGUGUAGCCAACACACUGGCCCUGUUGUAGAUUUUUAAAACCUGGCCAAAAACACUGAUCGCUCUCUCUCUCUCUCGCUCUCUUGCUGUUUCUCUCUAUCUCUCUCACUCUCUCUCUAAAAUUCAACACUGUUAUGGCCAAAACCUUCAAAACACACUGUGCUUCGCCAUUGACUGGCGACAAAAAUAUAAAACACACACACAAACACACACUAACACAUACACACACACACACACACACACACACACACACACACACACACACACACACACACACACACACACAUACAAACAACCUAAUAUUAUCUCAACUGAACAUUUCUGGAGUCACCCAGUUUCGACACACACACACACACACACACACACACACACACACACACACACACACACACACACACACACACACUCACAUACAAUAAAAACAGAUUUGUUCUUCAAACACACUAAAUGAUGCCCAAAUAUCUACACUAAUUUGAAUAUAACCAAGCGCUCCUGCACCUGUCUCUCUUUCUCUAUCUCGCUCUCUUACACACACACACACACACACUCACACACACUCUCACACACACACACACACACACACACACACACACACACACACACACACACACACACACACACACACACACACACACACACACACACACACACACACACACACACAC